AUUUAUUUAAUCUUUAAUCGUUCUCUGAUAAACUUGCUAUCGUUCUUUUUUACACAGGCAUAAUUUCGUAUUUCAAUAAAAGAUAUAAUUAACAAUAUAUAUUUAAAUAAGAAAUGACGGAGAAAUUAGUUGAUGUUUUAGAGGAUGAUAUCAUUCGUAACGCAUUUACCGAAGCUGAAAUUAAAGAGCUAAGGGAAGCGUUUAACGUAUUUGAUAAAGACGGCAAUGGGCAAAUUACCACUGAUGAACUUAGUACCGUCGUGCACGGUUUACGUCAAGACUUUUCAGAGGAAGAUAUAAAGCAAAUGAUUGAUCUAGUGGAUGUAGACGGAGACGGAGUAAUUACACUAAGUGAAUUUCUGGAAAUAAUGGAAGAUUUGAGGUUGAUGCAAUCGGCUGAGGACGAAUGGCUUCAAGCAUUCCGUGCCUUCGACAAAGAUGGGGAUGGCUAUAUUAAUGGGGACGAUAUUCUUACAACAAUGAAAGGGCUAGGUGAGGAGUUAACAAAGGCAGAAGUUGAUAUAAUGGUGAAGGAAGCCGAUUUGAAUGGCGAUGGAAAAAUUAAUUACGGAGGUGAGUGGUGAUUGCUUUAGAAGAAAAAGAAAGUCUUGUUCUUCAAUUAUCCUCCGUAAAAGUUAGAGGAUUUUGUAGUUGACUAUAUUGUUCACACUCUGGCUAGAGUUUGCAUCAAUUUUCGUUUUGUGUAGUUUGUCAAUAUAGGCACGUGCGCAAAGGAACGUUUCAUAGGACAGCGCUAAAAUACUAUACAGCUUUGUGUUGCUGUUAUUCGUCCAACAUGCUGUAUGUUUACGGAUCGGUUUUGCGACAGUUUUCACCGUCGAUAUGCAAAUGACAUUGAAUAUCUGUAUAAUGUCGAUGCAAAACCGGAUGUUAUUAGAUUGUAGUAGACUGUUAUUGACAGUUUUUAUUUUAACUGUAUAUCCCUUUUCGAAUGGCUUUUAUAAGCGUUUCACGUUCGUUAAUGAAUAUCGAACAGUGGAAUGAGGCGAGCAGUUCGAUAAAUAGUAGAGAAAUGUGUUGAUUGUUGCGAGAUAAAAUCGUUUGGAGUUUAAUUAUUGAUGUCGUAUGAUUAAAGCAGCGUUUGGGAAUUUAAAUUUGGUGAAGCGUUGAUAAAUUGCCUUAAACGGACCACUAACAGUCUAAAUCGCCGCUGUGUAAAAUAUUACUACCAAAAAAUAACAGUUAUCUAGUUAGAGAUACGAUAAUAGUGAAUAUUAGGUGAAAAUAUAAAAGGGAAUUAUCAAGGUGGAAAAAUUCAUAAAUUUUAUAAAUAUCUUAUAAAUAAAUCAACAAUACAAGCUUUAUAGAUAUAGAUAUAUAAAAUACAGUAUAUACAUUGUAUACUUAGUGUGUGUGUGCAUAUAUUUACCAUAUAUAUAAGUAUAUGAAAAACUUCUGUGUAUAUCUAG